AUGGCGUGGGAUCACUUGGACAUUGAUAAGCCGCAUCUGGCGUACAUGAUCCUGGGCGGUUUCACGGGCCUGUUCAUGCUGUGCUCCCUGUUCGUCAAGGAAAAGCUGUACAUCGGUGAAGCUACAGUCGCCACACUCUGUGGUAUUAUUUUCGGGCCCCAUGCGGCCAAUUUGUUCAACCCCCACGAAUGGGGAAACAUCGACAAGAUCACACUCGAGUGCUCGCGAAUCGUUCUGGUCGUGCAAUGUUUUGCCGUCGGUGUCGAAUUGCCCAAGGCGUACAUGGAGCGCCAUUGGAAGUCUGUAUCCCUGCUGCUUAUCCCUGUGAUGACCUGGGGCUGGCUGAUCACGAGUCUGUUCAUCUGGUGGAUGGUUCCCCCGCUGAACUGGCUGGAAAGUCUGAUCUGUGCUUCUUGCGUUACAGCCACUGACCCUGUCCUGGCUUCGUCCGUCGUUGGUAAGGGUAAGUUUGCCAAGCGUGUUCCCAAGCAUUUGCGUGACUUGCUCUCUGCUGAGUCUGGGUGUAACGAUGGCAUGGCUUUCCCAUUCAUCUACCUGUCCUUCUACAUCUAUCACUACCGGCCCGCUGUUGGCGAGGUGUGGUUGAAUUGGUUCUGUAUCACCGUUCUGUACGAGUGUGUGUUGGGUGCCAUAUUCGGCUUUGCGAUCGGUUACAUCGCCCGCCACGCUAUCAAGUUGGCCGAGCGCAGAGGGCUGAUUGAUCGUGAGAGUUUCCUGGUGUUCUACUUCGUGCUGGCCGUCUUCUGCGCUGGUUCUGGAAGUUUGCUGGGUAUGGACGACCUGCUCAUCGGAUUCUCCUGCGGUGUCGGAUUCAGUAAUGAUGGUUGGUUCACCGAAAAAACCGAAGAAUCUCACGUUUCUAACGUUAUUGAUCUUCUGCUCAACUUGGCAUACUUUGUCUACUUCGGUUCCAUUAUUCCCUGGGAGGAUUUCAACUCCCCUGCUCUCGGUCUCACUCCCUGGAGACUGGUGGUGAUUGCAUUAUUGGUCAUCUUCUUCCGCCGCAUCCCCAUCAUGUUAAUGCUCAAACCCAUUAUACCGGACGUCAAAACCUGGCGAGAAGCACUGUUUGCUGGGCAUUUCGGUCCCAUUGGUGUCGGCGCAAUUUUCGCCGCCAUUCUCGCCAGAGCCGAACUGGAGAAUGACAAUACCCAACCGGAUCCUGAGAACGAACUUCCUGUGCCAGGGUCUAGCAAUUACUACAUCGUGAGGUUGAUCUGGCCCAUUACCACUUUCAUGGUCAUUUCAUCAAUUUUGGUACACGGCUCUUCUAUCGCUGUCUUCACAUUGGGCAAACGCAUCAACACUUUGACCAUCACACUCUCAUACACCCAGGCCAACGAGGACGGUCCUUCUUGGAUGAACCGUCUCCCCCGUGUGCAAUCCAUUGCCAAGGGCUCUAUGUCCUUCCGCAAGGCGGAAGAUACCGAUGCGUCCUCCGAUGAAAAGCUGCCUGAGUAUCCUCCUGGCACCCUUCCACCUAUUGGAAUGCCGGGCAACUUCCUUCGCCGGCAACGUGACGAGGAUGACAAUGAAGCCCAGAGUCUCGACUCAUCCCGUCGCAAGCCCCUGCGGAGACGUCGCCGCAAGCGUGACUCUGGUGCCGGCGGACCCAUCAGCCAGUCUGCUAUCAUGCCCGCUCCUCGCAAGGAGUCCGAGAUUGAGACCGAGGAUGAAAAGAAAGAGCUGGAAGAGCGUGAUAAGGUUGAGCGCGGAGCUUCUCCACCUCACGCCGAACGUGAUCGCUUCGGCCGCGAGCCACAACUCGAGGUCUACCAAGAGGGUCACAACAUGAUCAUCGAGGACGAAGAAGGCAAUGUGCUCAAGACCGAGGACACUUCUCAUCUAUCACCGGAAGAAAAGAUGGCACAUAUCGAAGAGCAACGCAAGCGUCUUGAAAAUGAUAAGACAGGCGAGCUGGCUCAAUCUGAAAGCCAGCCACACCAGAAGAACGAGGGAGAGGAGCUCAAGCACGCUGCGGAGGAUAAGGCUGGUACAACUUACGGCAAAGCAAUCAAGAAGUGGACCAACUGGACCGGACUCGGAAAAGAGAAGGCCAAUGAGCAACCCGAGACAAAGGCGCAGAAGCCCGAAAAGACCGAAAAGCCGCCCAAGGCCGACUCGGCGAAGCCCAAGCCUCGUUCUGCUCACGCUUACCAAUUCGGUAACACCAUCAUUGUUGAAGAUGAGGAUGGUGAGGUGAUCAAGAAGUACACUCUGCCCGGUGGCAAGAAGACCGAGAAGCCCGAGAAGCCUCAAGGCCAGCCUACUGCUCCGGGCGACGCUCCAGUCCGUCGCGGUUUGACUCGCAUGGGAACCUGGUUCGGCAUGGAAGAAGAGGGAGAAACCUCCCAGGCCGCCCAAGAAAAGAAGAAGAAGAAGGACAAUGACAGCUGGAUGGCUGACGACGGUCUGCGAUUCACCUUGGCCCAAGAUCCCGAAGUCAGCUCCCACGGCAUCGGACACAAGGGCAAACGCAUGAACAAACAGGAAUUCUUCGAACAGAUCAAGGGUCUGGAUGCCAAGACCCGACGGGAUGUUGUCCAGCAGACCGAUGCUCCAGCGCCGGUCCAAGAAGUGGCUCAAACCGAAGCCAAGCAAGAAGAAAAGGUUGAAGAGAAGCAAGAACGUCGUCUCUCUGCCGCUGCUAUCGGGGCUACCACCGGUACCAUCCCCGAAGAAGAUGCCGAGGCCCUAGAGUCCGAGUCUGUCACCGACAGCGACGCUAGUGACGAUGAUGUUGGCCACCAUGGCUCCCCUAACGUUGCCUCCUCCCUCGCCAAGUUCUCCCGUGCCGGCACCUCUGCCGCCCAGGAGCGUCGUAACAACCUGAGCCCCGCACCCCCUCGCACUCGUGAUCGCCCUCGCCGUGACUCCGACGACGACGGCACAGAGCGUAUCCCUCCAUCCCGUCUGCGUCAGGCUGCCGGUCUGACUGCACCCCCACGCCAGAUUGAUGACGACACCGGCGAAACACCCGCCGAGCGUCGCCGUCGUCUCGCCGCGUUGGGCGUUGACGGUGAAGACUCAGACAAUGAGGGAUCAGACUCAGAGGACGAUGACGCCAUCGCCGAAGACUCGGAAAGUGAGGACGUCGAUUCCAAGGCUGGCAAGAUCCAGCCUGAAGAAGCCAAAUCCUCCGACCAGUCUUCGCCUUCUGGAUCUGGAUCUGGAUCUGCGUCUAACUCACAGUCCGCCUCACGCCACAUCCCCCGUGUUUCCUGGGGAGGCGAGAAAGGACGUGAGCUUUGA